AUGGCAGAUGUUCUACGAGAUGCCCCGUUCGGGCAGCUCGUACGGUUCUUGACCAAGAAAAAGUACUUCCAAUAUCCUGAAGAGAAGCCCGACUUCCAACUUCCCGAACCAUGGAUUCAAAUCAUGAACGAGUCAGUCACUUCGGACGAGAAGAAGGAGACACCUAGGAACGACUCCGGUCAGAGCAGUGAGCCUCUCAGCGAACCCCUUAGCCGAGCCAGCACGCAAAAUACUCUCCCAUUCACCGAAUCCCGUCUGGAGGCCGACGAACAACAUGAGAUUGAGAAAGUCAAGUCAAUUCCCAUCGCUCCCAAGAAGACUAAAGAUGGUGUCAUCCUCGUCGAUUGGUACUAUACCGACGAUUCGGAGAACCCCCAUAACUGGUCGAAUACCAAGCGUGCGCUGAUGGCGACGCUUAUCUGUCUAUACACAUUCGUUGUUUAUACCACAUCCGCGAUCUAUACUUCCUCCGUUCAGGGUAUCAUGCAACAAUUCGGAGUGAGCGACCUGUUGGCCACACUCGGUCUAUCUCUGUACGUUCUGGGCUACGGGACUGGGCCUUUGAUCUUCUCGCCCUUGAGUGAGAUCCCCGUCAUUGGCCGCAACCCGGUGUACAUCAUCACCAUGUUUCUCUUCGUCAUUAUCUCCAUUCCCACUGCCCUGGUGGGUAAUUUUCCCGGUCUUAUGGUCCUACGAUUCCUGCAAGGUUUCUUCGGCUCACCCUGUCUCGCCUCUGGCGGUGCGUCGAUUGGCGACAUGUAUAGCCUCAUGUCUUUGCCGUAUGCCAUGAUGGCGUGGGUGUCGGCGGCUUACUGUGGACCUGCCCUGGGUCCGCUCCUCAGUGGCUUCGCCGUCCCUGUCGAGGGCUGGCGCUGGUCGCUCUACGAGUCCAUCUGGGCAUCCGCCCCCGUUUUUCUUCUUAUGUUCUUCUUCCUCCCCGAAACCAGCAGCGCGACCAUCCUGCUUCGCCGCGCUGAACGCCUACGCAAGAUCUACAAUAAUGACCGUUUUAUGUCCCAAUCUGAGAUCAAUCAGCACAACAUGAAGGUCUCUGACGUCGCCGUUGACGCCCUCAUCAAGCCACUCGAGAUCACCAUCAAAGACCCAGCUGUGCUGUUUGUUCAGAUCUACACAGCCAUCAUCUACGGUAUCUACUACUCCUUCUUCGAGGUCUUCCCCUUGGUCUACCCAGUCUACUACGACAUGAACCUCGGUGAGAUUGGCCUCGUCUUCCUCUGUAUCCUGGUCUCGUGCAUCAUCGGCAUCGCCAUCUACUUCUCCUACCUCUACUUCUGGAUGAACCCGCGCAUCGAACGGCUCGGCUUCCCUGUCCAAGAAUCCCGCCUCAUACCUGCCCUGCCUGCCGCUGUCGGUCCCACGAUUGGCCUCUUCCUCUUCGCCUGGACCGCGCGCGCCUCUAUCCACUGGAUUGCACCCACCAUCGGCAUUACCAUCUACGGUGCCACUGUCUUCAUCGUCAUGCAAUGUCUAUUCGUCUAUAUCCCGCUCAGCUAUCCAAUGUACGCGGCGAGCCUGUUCGCAGCAAACGACUUCUUCCGCAGUGCGCUUGCAUGCGGCAGUGUGCUGUUUGCACACCCGCUCUUCAACAACCUGGGCGUUGCACGGGGUGUGAGUCUCCUCGGCGGCUUGAGUGUUAUCGGCAUAGUGGGUAUUUGGCUACUUUACAUCUACGGGGCCCGUCUCCGGGCGUUGAGCAAGUUUGCGCUUUCAACGGAGGCUGAGUGA